AUAAGGCCACCAAAGAGUUUUCGAGAAACAAAGAAAGAAAGAGAGAGUUGGAGAUCAUGUCGUGCCUAGCUAGUUGCUGUGCAACUUCGACAUGUGGUCUCUGCAACUGUGUGGCCUCUGGGAUCACCAAGCGCUCUGCUAGACUUGCUUACUGUGGUCUCUUUGGUGGAUUCUUAAUCCUUUCUUGGGUUCUCCGUGAAGUUGCAGCUCCUCUGUUGGAGAAAAUCCCAUGGAUAAACACUUCUGAAACUCACACAAAGGACUGGUAUCAAAUACAAGCAGUUCUUCGUGUGAGCAUGGGGAAUUUCUUGUUUUUUGCAAUUUUUGCUCUUAUAAUGAUCGGUGUAAAGGACCAAAAUGACAAACGUGAUGCUUGGCACCAUGGUGGAUGGAUUGUGAAGAUGGUGCUCUGGAUUUUACUUGUAGUCCUCAUGUUUUUCCUUCCUAAUGCCGUCAUUUCAGUAUAUGGAACUCUAUCAAAAUUUGGGGCAGGGUUAUUUUUAUUGGUUCAAGUGCUUAUCUUACUAGACUUUACACAUGCAUGGAAUGAUGCAUGGGUUGAGAAAGACGAGCAGAAGUGGUAUAUUGCUUUACUUGUUAUCUCAAUUGGAUGCUACAUUAUAGCAUUUACAUUCUCGGGAAUUCUGUUCAUCUGGUUCAACCCCUCUGGCCAAGACUGUGGCCUAAAUGUCUUCUUCAUUGUCAUGACCAUGAUCCUGGCAUUUGCAUUUGCCAUUAUUGCUUUGCAUCCUGCGGUGAAUGGUAGCCUCCUGCCUGCUUCUGUGAUCUCUCUUUAUUGUGCUUAUGUGUGCUACACGGGUCUCUCCAGUGAACCUCAUGACUAUGUAUGCAAUGGUCUGAACAAUACCAAGGUAGUCACCACAAGUACUCUUAUUCUUGGGAUGCUCACAACUGUUUUAUCUGUUCUAUACUCUGCUCUUCGCGCGGGAUCAUCAACAACGUUUUUGUCACCACCAUCUUCACCCAAGUCAGGGGGGAAGAAACCUCUUCUAGAAGAAGAAGAGUUGGAAGAAGGAAAGGAAAAGGAAAAGGAAAAGAAAACGGAUGCAGAAGCGCGCCCUGUUAGCUAUUCAUAUAUGUUCUUCCAUCUGAUAUUUGCUUUAGCUAGCAUGUACUCAGCUAUGCUUCUUUCUGGGUGGACCAGCUCAUCUGAGAGCUCUGACCUGAUAGAUGUUGGCUGGACAUCAGUUUGGGUUCGGAUCUGCACAGAGUGGGUUACUGCUGCACUGUUCGUCUGGUCUCUUGUGGCCCCUCUGAUUUUCCCUGAUCGUGAGUUCUUUUAGGUGACUUGUUCAUGAUAUGUCUAGCACUCCUGGAAUCUGUUAUUAUGUGCAUAAUUAGGUAAUGAGGUAUAAAUUUAAUUUGUCUAAGCUCAUUUUUGGGGGUGGAAAAAGAAAAGGGACGGGGAGUAAUUGUUCUCUCACAUUCGUUAGUGUGUACUCUGUACAAACAACAUCCAUAAUUUCGUGCACAAUGUCCAUAUUUUUUUAUUGAUGUCCACAUUUAAAAUCUGAAAUGGAUGAUGUAUACGGAUGAUGUACAAUAAGGAAUGUGUGAGAAUCAAAUGUGCAAUUGGUAGAGGGGGGAGGGGUGUUAGGUCUAUCAAGUGUUGUAUCCUUCCGGAGUUAGGUUUGCAAAUAUCCCAAUAUGGAACAGAUAUUGCUAUGGUAUUUGUGUCUACCAUUUGAAUUCUAUUGUCAAACUUUUUUCUUUUGGAAAGCAUGAUGCUUGUUCUUCA